AUGGAAAUGGGACUUAGCCCAAUUGUAUGUAUUGCUCAAGAUUAUAUUCAAGGAAAAACUGUGGAUGAUUCACGAUUACGUCAAGCGAUACUUGAAUUACCUGAUAAUAAAACAGAACAUCUUCCAGGCUAUUUACCUCUCGUACCAGGAGUGCCAGUUUUACUCACAGAAAACGUUGCUAUUGAGCUCGGACUGUCUAACGGUACACGAGGAAUCUUUCGUCAACUUGUAUACGAUGAAUCACCAGAAGAUGAACUUCUUCCAGAAAAUGUAGCAAAAGCGGCUAAAAUAAACAAGAAAACAACAAAACUCACGAUCAAACGUAAAGCACUUCCGCUUAUACCCGCAUACAGCAUGACAACACAUAAAAGCCAAGGACAAACACUCGGUAAAAUUAUCGUCGAUCUGGUCAUGCCUCCUGGCCCACUUGAAGUUGCAUCGGUUUAUGUUCCAUUAUCUCGUGUAAAGAGACUUGACGAUUUACUUAUCAUACGUCCAUUUGAAUUUGCAACACUCCAAGUUAAACCAUCAACGGCCCAAAUAGCAGAACUUAAACGAUUAGAUAAAAUAGCACAAAAUACUCGGAAACGCUUUCAAUUCAUUGUUUAA